AUUUCCACUCCUCUGUCUUGUUUUUUUCCAGCAAAUUUGGAAGGUAGGUUGAUUUUCGUAUCUCAAUUCUUCGGAGACAUCCAAAUCUGUCGUUAAAUUAUAUUAUCCUUAGUGAAAUUGCAAUGGAGGUCUCCAAGAAGAAGCCAGCUGCAGGCGUACCGGCUGCCAAAGAGCCAGCCCCUACUUUGGCGAGCGGAAAAUACACAUUCUCCAAAGCUGAAGCUCUUCGCCGCUAUCUCUCGAGAAAGCAGGCAAGGUCCGGAAAAAGAGUUUCCAAAGCCAAGCGCGACGAGCAAAAGAAGAAGCCCAAAUUUGUUGAGAAGCCAUUCAACAAGGGUACCAGGAUUGUUAGCUUGAAGAAGAGACCCAACAACUAUCCCUGCAAAAACCACUCAAAGCCCAGGUCCAAAGUUCCCAAGAAGGUUGGAGCCCCCAAGGUACGCAAGUCCCUUCAGCCUGGUACCAUCCUCAUUCUCUUGGCUGGAAUCCAUCGAGGAAAGCGUGUUGUGCUUCUCAAGGCCUUGAAAUCUGGACUUCUGCUUGUUACUGGACCAUACAAGAUAAACCGCGUCCCCAUCCGUCGUGUCCACCAGAAGUUCGUGAUUGCCACAAGCACCCGGCUUAACAUCGAAAGUGUCAAGAUUCCCGACACAAUCAACGAUGCUUACUUCCGCCGCAUUCGCGAAAAACGCGCCAAGAAAGCUGAGGGUGAUAUCUUCGCUAAGAAGAAGAAGACCUACAAGGUCUCGGCCACUCGCAAAGCUGACCAGAUAACGGUCGACAAACAACUCCUCCGGGCUAUUAGACCUCAUCCCGACAGAAAAAUCCUCUUGAAUUACUUGAAGUCGCGUUUUGGUUUGUCCACCGGCCAAUAUCCCCACACGCUUAAAUUUUAAAAAGUUGAUUGCGUGUGUUUGGACAGUCAAUAAAAAAUUUGGCGUCGAAA